AUGAACAACAACGAGAGCAAUGAGUAUGGUGAGUAUGUGGGCUUAUCCAAGGCUUUGCGAAGAGGUGAGUUGAACGCUGCCAUGGAGUUCUUUAUGCUCCGACCCGAUGCAGUGAAUGCAAAAAUCACAUUAUGGGGUCAAACGGCUCUUCAUAUUGCUGUAGCUGCGGGACAUUUGCAUAUAGUGGAGGAGUUGAUCGGGCGCAUGUCGGAAGAAGCUUUGGAAAUAAAAGAUUACCAGGGAGUUACAGCUCUGUUUGAGGCACUUUUUAUUGGAAACUACUCGAUGGCAAAGUGUAUGCUUAGUAAGAACAAGAAGUUGGUCAGCAUUGGAAAUUCUGCAAAUGUACUUCCAGUUGUUCAAGCUAUUUCCAGUGGCUAUAUAGAAUUGACUCGCUAUCUCUAUUCUCUAACUCCGCUGGAAGAUCUAACGCCAGAAAAAGGGGUCAAUGGCGCUUCACUUUGUACCCAGGCAAUAUAUACCAGAAGUUUAGGAAUUGAGCAUUUAUAUGAAAUGAAGUUGAUCAGCGCCCAAUGCCAUGAGCUUAUGCAUCACAUGUGCGAACAGAUAUCAAAUUCAAAUCUGCAACAGAGGGUGAAAGGUGGCGUUUAUGCAGCCAUCUUCUGUGCUAUCAAGAAUGGGAUUUUUGAGUUUGUAUUCGAUGUAGUGAAAGCAAAUUCAGAGCUUCUGCGGAGCUUUGAUAGAGACUCAAGAACCAUAUUUUCUACUGCAGUCCUAUAUCGUCAAGCUAAAAUAUUUAGCCUUAUCUAUGGGCUAGAAGCAAAGAACCUUUUGACAUAUUAUAGCGAUGUCCACGGCAAUCAUAUUUUACAUAUGGCAGGGAUGUCAGCAGCUUCCACUCUAAUUAAUCGCAUCCCAGGUGCAGCUUUGCAGAUGCAAAGAGAGCUACAGUGGUUUAAGAUGGUGGAAGGUACUUCGGUAGCACAACAUUUGAAUGAGUGCAAUACAAUAACAAAUCAAUUGUCCUUUGAGGAGGUCGAUUUUGAUGAUGAGAUUUGUGUGUUGAUCGUUUUGGCCUCUUUGCCAAACAGUUGGGUGGCCAUGAGAAUGGCAGUGAGAAAUUAUGUAGGGAAGAGUAAACUUAGACAUGAAGAUAUUCGAGAUUUGAUUCUAAGCGAGGAAGUUCGCAAAACAGAUGCAGAUGAAACCCCAAGUUCUAGUUCUACCUUAAAUCUUUAG